GGUUACUACGUGGGCGGAGCCACGUGAUGAGGCGUAAAAGGGGGCGUGGCGGUGCACAUGCGCAGUGAGGGCGGUCCGGUGGCAGAGCGGAGCGGCGCCAUGGCUGCGUCGGGCGGAGGAAGGAAGGAGGACGCCUUCAACGUGCUGGACCUGGCCGAGUACACCAAGAGCCGGCCGUGGUGGAAGAAGGUCUUUGCUCCCAGCUCCGGGUCGAGCGCCGAGAAGUACAACGUGGCCACGCAGCUGGUGAUCGGAGGGGUGACGGGAUGGUGUACUGGAUUCAUCUUCCAGAAGGUUGGAAAGCUGGCAGCAACGGCGGUGGGAGGUGGCUUUUUCCUGCUUCAGAUUGCAAACCAUACAGGAUACAUCAAAGUUGACUGGAAGCUCGUGGAACGCGACGUGAACAAAGCCAAGCAGCAGCUGAAAUUUCACAGCAGCAGUAACAAAAUGUCUCCAGAAGUGAAAAGCAAAGUGGAUGAGGUGAUCAUAUUUCUGAAGAAGAAUGUUAUCCUGACUGGAGGGUUUGCUGGAGGGUUUCUGCUUGGAAUGGCUUCCUAGGAACUACAGUCGACUCAUCAUGCCCAGCCUCCCCUGUCCUCUUCUUCCUCUCAUGUAGAAGUCCAUGGUAGUUUCCAGCAGGUUUGGCCUCUGCAGCCCCUACACUCGCAGGUCCCAGCCCUUAUUUCUUACAGCUCUGCUUUGGAUUUCCAACUUCUACCUGUCUGGACUGUCUGGGUGCUGUAUUGGCCUGAAAGCUUUUGACUUCAGUGUAUCAUAGCGAUUCCUUUCCUCACUGAAUAUGCCUAGCCUCGAGUUGCUGGAUUGAGUUGCAGCCUCAUAAACACUUAAUGGCAGAGAAAUCUCUAUAACAUGCUUCUUCCCCAGUGCCUGGGACCUGUACGUUUGUCUGCCAGUAUAUUUGUACACCAGCUGUCAGCUCUUCACUGCUAUUUAUCUUGCACUUUCUCUGCCCUGGUCUCUGGAAAGCCUGAGCUUCCAUCUGUGCAGAACUGGUGUGUGAAGUGCAGGUGUGCUUGGCUGUCCUGGUGUGGCCGCAGAGGUGCUGAGGGACGGCGUGGGCUGUGCCCAGGGCAGGUGGGUAAGGAGCACAUCCACACUUUGUGUGCUGGGGGUUCUCUCCCUUUCCCUGCCUCUGCACUGCACGUAGGUGGCUGUUUGGCUUUCCCUCUGCUGUUAUUUAUAGCCCUUACUGGAAGUGCAGCUCUGGUGCUGCUGAUGGAAACUGAGCGCGGUGUUGUGGCACUCGGGGCCCUGCUGUGUUCUGAAAGUCUCCCAGCUUCCUGUUCCAUACAGCACCUUGCUCAGCUGCUGGCUGCCAGCUUCUGAGGUGUGCUGAGGUGCUCUGUUCCUGUGGAGGGCUGGUCCCAGGCUGCUCCCCUGCCUGUGGCAGGCUGGCUGGCACGAGCAGUGCAUAUUUCUGCUGUGCCACUUACUGUAAGCCACCUUGGGGCUCAGAGCAGGGUUUUGAGGUCUGCUGUGACCUCAGGCUGCUUCAAAGUUGAUGCUCUUAAAGCUGUAACUGCUUGGGGUGGGAUUGCAGGUAGGAAUUGCAUCCCUGUUUAGGGUACGUCGCACUGAUCCGGGUUCCUUUUUGCCAGCUCCAUUGGAGUGGAAGGGGGAGGAAGAGGAAUCUGGUUAGAACUGCUUUGAGCACCAUCUCUGACCUUUCUGCCUACAAGAAGCAGGGUGCUUGUGCCUGAACAAUAAAAACUGGGGGGAAAACCAGGGUAUGGCUCCCCUGUAUUAGUAGGCCCUUUCCAUGCUCUUUGCCCUGGUUGUAUUCCUUCUUUCUUUGAAUUUACUGUUCCCCCCUCCCAAAAAAGCUGCUUGCUUAAUCCCCUUGUGUAUUUCUGCCAGCAGUAGCCUGGCGCAGGGCUCAGCUGUUCUUGGGGCAGUUGUGUGCAGAGCAGAACUCUAACCCACAAGAAAAAUGAAAUCUAUGUAUCUUAGAGGUGUUCUGCAGUGGCUGUGCUGGAUUGGCAUUAGCACUUGGCAGAGUGUGGGGACUUGAAUGACCUCGGGCUGAUGUCCUUCAGCAGGCACAAAUAGGUGUUCUUCCCCAGAACCUUUUUGAUGUGGGUCAGCACAGCCUUCACAGGGAACAAGCUGGAGAGCAGUGAUGUGUGUGAGUGACCAGGAGGUGCCCCAACCCAUCUCUUGUGCUGUGUGAUGCCAUUCUGAACAUACGUGGCUGGUUCUGGUGUGGGUAGAAGGGGGGCUCGUCCCCAGAGAGCUGCUGAAAGAGCUGGGAGUGUGGGUUCAGCUUCCAGAGGUUUUGGGAUGAGCACUGACAGCCAUUAGCUUCAUUUCGCCUCUGAUUGAAGUGUAAUUGUGGCAAUGCUUUGAUCUGGUUGGUGUUUUUCUCACACUGCAGGCAGUCAAGAAGCAGAAAUUGGUAUCUCUGCUUCUGGGGUGAAGGGAGGAGCAGCUGGGCUCGCAUCCUUUUAAUGAUGACUUUUAGGAAAGCCAUCAGGAGCUGCAGGAGUGAAGCGGUGCAGCAAAUAGGUCCUCAAUAAAUUCAUGCUUGAGAGUGGAGUGACAAAAAAAAACAAAAAGCAGGUGUUUGUAGGAAACCUGCAUAGCUGAACUGUGUGAAUUAACACAUCUGUGUUGCAGGAUAUCUCUUGCUCCUGCAGGGGAAGUGCUGCUUCCCCUCUGCCUGGUGUGUUGAGCAACCCAACUGGCUGCGCUGUUCUUUACAAACCUUUCUCCAGGGACAGAAUGAAGGUAAAUCAUUAACAGGCCUUAGGGCUGCCCUCCAGCCUCUGGUCAGGCGCUGCCCAGGGUGGGAGGUGUUGUGUUCUGCUCCAUGGGUUCCUCAGCUGCUGCUGCUGCAAAGAGGAAUGGCCCAGAGAGGGAGCCAGAGCAUCUCAGCAACUGCUGCAAGGGGAAGAGGGCAGUAGAGGCAAAUCCUGGUGGGUGUGAAGGUGGGCAGGGAGCAGCUGGGAGCUGGCAGAUCUUUUCUGCUGUGCCACUGUGAGACUCGUGGCUGGUGGUGGUGGAUGCUGUGAGCCCACACUGCGAGUUCUGGUGCCCCAUCAGCCCCUGGGGAUGCAGUUCUGUUACUGUAGGUGCCAAGGUGAGGUCCUUCCCCCCCACCCUUCCAACCCACACAUCCCUUUUGUUCUGUGUCAGCCACUUCUGGCAUCUGUGCCAGCACAGGAGGGUUUAAAACACACUAGGCUUUUUAAAGUCUUUUUAUAUAUUACAUGUAAAUGCUUGUUGAAGUGAUAUUUUAUUAAACGGUUUUGCUUUAAUUUCUGUGUGAGUUCUGCUGACUCCUCGGGGACCCGCAUGUCUUCAUCUCUCAGCUCACCCAGUUCGUUCCACCUGAGCAGAACUGGGCACAGAGACAGAGGUUUCCUUUCAGUGGGUGCAACAGAAGCCUGAACAACUGUUUGAUGUACAGUAAAUGAUUUUCUUCCUGCUGCUCCUCAGGCAGGAGGGAAAAAUGAGCCACUAGUGAAGUGAUUGAGCUGCUUCUCAUCGUUGUCAUCCUUUGCCUCUGCUUUCCAAGCACCUCCUGCCCCAACACCCCCGUUCUGUCAUUGUCAUUUCUUGUGGGGGGGAGGGCAGGGUAGCCCUGAAUUAAUCUGAGCCCGAGUCCCAGUUAUAAAAAUACCAAGCAGCUUCUAUUUCAACCUGAUGAUAUCACACGUAGCCAAGCAGCCCAGCUUACAGCUGCUCUCAGUAAACAACCACACAGGCUGCAGUUUGUUCCAGUCAUUUAUUUUGUGUUAUGGUAUUUCAGAGCAGCAGGUACAGAUGGUUUGCCGUUCUAGGCUUCAAUACACUCAACUAUUGUGCCUAGACUACAGUGGUCUGUUUAUAGAAGCUGUAUUUUGUAGUUAAUUAUCACAGCACAAAAGUCCUUUACGGCUAGAUCUAAUGACAGAGUUAGGAGCCUAGUGGGUUCGAAGUCUGGUAUUGUGGUGCCUGGGCCCUGCAAUGGACUUGGCACCCACUGAGGUGCCUGGACUCCUGCUACAGUGGACGGAGAGACAGAGGCAGCUCUGAAGGGUGAUGCAGGAACCUGACUACCGAGCUCUUCCUACAGGUCACAGGAAAUUCUGCUGCGCAGGUGAGAGUUUCUGAGGAGCCAUCUCUCCCUGGGGUCCAGACGCAGACGGAUCGGGUUGUGUGUGAGUCUGAAGUGCUGUACUGACAGAGGGUGCCUACGACUGUGGUGUUCAGAAGUGGCACCUAAAUCGGUUCUUGGAUCUAGCCCAGGGCUUUGUGAUAGGCCUCUGGGUUCCAGCACAGCCAGAUAUGCUGGAUUGGUAACGUAUUGCUUAAAGGUCUUCAAUUAUACAGAAAUUUAUAAAUUUUAUAUCAACAGUCAGGAUUUCCAAACGAAUAUUGCUUUUUCUUUUUUCUUUUUCUUU